CCGCCGGCAACCCGUCAUGUGACUCCUGGGGCUGCCCGUGCUCCCCACCUUUCCGAGCCAAGAAGCCACGUUGGCGGCGUUCCUGGGCCAGAGGAGGGGGCGUGGCGAGGGCCCUUGCGUGAUACGUGCCCCGCCCCCUGCCGGAGCCCGGAUGAAGAGUAACGCCAUUACCGCCGGAGCCGCGGAGAGCACUGGCGGGCGGUGACUGGUUACCGGACCGGCCGCGCCAUGAGAGUCCUCUCCCGCCUGCUUCUGCUUCUCUUGCUUGUGUUUCCCGCCACCCUCUUGCUCCGAGGCGGCCCUGGAGGCUCAUUAGCUGAGGCUCAAGAUCUUACAGAAGAUGAAGAAACGGUAGAAGAUUCAAUAAUUGAAGAUGAAGAUGAUGAAGCAGAGGUGGAAGAAGAUGAACCCACAGAUUUGGCUGAAGAUAAAGAAGAAGAAGAUGUAUCUGGCGAACCUGAAGCUUCACCAAGUGCAGAUACAACAAUCUUGUUUGUGAAAGGAGAAGAUUUUCCAGCAAAUAACAUUGUGAAAUUCCUAGUAGGCUUUACAAACAAGGGUACAGAAGAUUUCAUCGUUGAGUCUUUAGAUGCCUCGUUCCGUUAUCCUCAGGACUACCAGUUUUAUAUCCAGAAUUUCACAGCUCUUCCUCUGAACACUGUAGUACCGCCCCAGAGACAGGCGACUUUUGAGUACUCCUUCAUUCCUGCAGAGCCCAUGGGUGGACGACCCUUUGGUCUAGUCAUCAAUCUAAACUACAAAGAUCUGAACGGCAAUGUAUUCCAAGAUGCUGUCUUCAAUCAAACAGUUACGAUUAUUGAAAGAGAGGAUGGAUUAGAUGGAGAAACAAUCUUUAUGUAUAUGUUCCUUGCUGGUCUUGGGCUGUUGGUGGUUGUUGGCCUUCAUCAACUCCUAGAGUCUAGAAAGCGCAAGAGACCCAUACAGAAGGUAGAAAUGGGUACAUCAAGUCAGAAUGAUGUUGACAUGAGUUGGAUUCCUCAGGAAACUUUGAAUCAGAUCAAUAAAGCUUCACCAAGAAGGUUGCCCAGGAAACGGGCACAGAAGAGAUCAGUGGGAUCUGAUGAGUAAAUGUUCCUUUGUGCAACAAUUCAGUCUUUACUUAACCUGCCCUAAUGUUUUUCGGCCUGAUGGGAAUUAGUGCAGAGAAGCCAUAUCACCAUAGAAGGCAACUACUACUUAUGUGUGGACUGAGCAAUCAGAGUCUGUGGCGAUAAUAUUACUGAAAAUGCACUGCAUUCAUUUUUCUAAAGUAACAAAUUUGGUUUUUUUUAAGCCAUUAAAAUCUAUGUGUGUGCGUGUGUAUGUAUGUGAGCAGUUGGUCUUACCAGAAUCAUUGUUGAACUACCUGAAGCAUGCCUUUAGAAUACUGAAUAUAAUGAUGUUGUCUCUUUUUGACAUUUUCUGAUAUUUCCCCCCAAAACUUAAUGAAUAUUUGUCCAAUAUGAUUGUAGAUGUCCUGCUUUUAGACUGUUUUAAAGGAAACUUUUUUAGAAUUGCUCAAAUCCCAGUUGAUGGCACAAAUUACUGUUUUGUUCUUGUUGCUGUUUUACAACUAGUAUUCUAAAGGCACACACAGGAGUAGCUGCUUUUUAGCAAUAGAAUUGUUUUGGUAUUUUUGCUGCUGUUUACUAUAAUGCGCACCUUCAGAAAACUUCCCAAAUGAGUCCAAGGAAUUUGGGGAUUUCUAGCAACAAAAUUGUGAAGCAUGAGAAAUCUGCUGAUUUUGAUAUAUAAAACCAGCCCCACCCUCUUUUUGUUUUUGUUUUUGUUUUUACAAAAAAAAUGGUACAUUUGUGGGAACUGCGUUGUGUUAUCCAUCGUUUUCUCUCUGACCCAGGAGGUAGCUCUGCAGUGAUUUUAGACCUCCUUAAGUUGUCAUUUUGUUUUUUUAAGAGAUCAUUUUUUCCCCCUUAAUUAGAAGUAUCUUGCUUUUAGAAAAAUUGCCUUGGUCUACAGACUAAGCAAAAAGUCAGUUUAUAGGGGCAGAGAUAUAUUACAAGUAAUACUAAUCUGUUAAAAAAAGAUGAGUUGGAUAUUUUUUUAAGUAGCUAACCAGUUGGUUCUUAUCUAAUCUUUUGGGUAUUUUGGUUGUUCAGAAGCAUUUAUUUUUUUUAGUUAAUCUAAAGAAUUCCAAAGUUUUAAGCACUUAAGAUCUCAACCAAAAUUAAUCUGGACUUCAUAAAACCCUAUUAGAGUCACUCUUGUCAUAGGUAGUAAAUAAAGUUUGGCAUUAUUGUCAGACUGGAAAAAGGGUAAAGUAAAAUAGAUGAACAAAUAAGAGGCUUUUCCUCUCUGUCUUUAAGCCAUAAUCUCCCAUGUAUAUUUCGUAAGGAAAUGGUAAAUGAAAUUCUAGUGGCCGUUUAAUUCCUGAUCGGUCUUUAUUACAAUGAACUGACCUCUCCUCCCCUCUUCGUUAUAAUCCCCACUCACGUCCAUGCAAAACAACAGCAAAACAAGACACACAGACAAAAAAAUCUUUCCAGGUUCUUUAAGUAUUUAAACAUCUGAGCCAAAGCCAGAAUAGAAUAGAUGUUACUGUAUAGUUGUUAAUCACUUUGCAAGUAGGGGCUAAGGUGUCAAAUUAUCUAUAUUGGCAUUGCUGAACUAUAAACUUUCUAUACCUGUAAUAUAAAGUGUUUGAGUUUUUAAUUGGGCUGUAUGAUCAAUAGCUUAUUUUGAAAAAGCUCUAUGAGCUGUAAAAACUGCAUGUUUUUUGUUUAAUGUAAUAUAGGAGACCCUCCACCUUCUCAAGGAAUAUAUUCCAAAACAUUGUUUUGUGAAUUUCUAAGUUUGUGAAACUACUAGAACAUAAUGCGGUGAGGUGUAAUUACAAAAUUUAAAUGACUUCUAGAGAGUUUUAUUGACUACUUGGUGAUACUUAGGCAGUGGCAAAGCUACACUGAGUUACAGAUGCCAGCCCUUCGGCCUCCUAAGUAAUUUGCCUUACAUACUAGCCUUUCCACUGCUGAGGUUCCGAUCAGUGCCUCAGAAAUCAUUUGUCAUGUUUCAUUUUUUAGCAUAGAUUGGGAACAGUUGAAAUCCUUUAAAUCCUCAGCUGCCAGGGGUCUUCUAUAGUAUCAGUAUGUGUUUAGCAGAAACUAACUCCAUAAUGAAUGGAAUUCAAUUCCACACAUGGUUUGUUCAAGCACACUUAAUAAGUAGCCUAUUUUUUAAAUGUCUUUUUUAAAUGUAAAUAUUUGGAUGAAGUUUUUAAAGUUUGUUUUGAUAUAUUCAUUUGCUACACCAACCAUGGUUUCAGAAUUCACCUUUUGAGCAAAUUGGUUUCAGAAUCUGUAAAAUGAACCAAGAAUCUUGUAUAUCAAACCUGUUACCCAGACAUGUGAGAAUAAUGUGUUCAUAAAGCAUGGAUCUCGC